CGGUGCGGGCGGCCGACGUGGGAGCAGCCGUGGGGCGGCUGCGGGGCUGCGUGCACCGCACGCCCGUGCUCACGUGCGGGGCUCUGGAGCGGCUGGCCGGCCGCAGGCUGCUCUUCAAGUGCGAGCUCUUCCAGCGCACCGGUUCCUUUAAGGUGUGACGGGACGGUGCUGCCGGGGCUCCGGGGGGGGGGGCGCGGAUCCUACCGGCGUGUGUCGUUGCAGAUCCGCGGGGCGCUGAACGCGGUCAGGAGCCUGGUGGAGGAGGCAGAGAGGGCAGGGCGGGAGCGGCCCCGCGCCGUAGUGACGCACAGCAGCGGGAACCACGGGCAGGCACUCGCCUGUGCGGCCCGGGAGGAAGCGUGCAGUUCCUUCCCGCAACGCUCGCUGUCCCAACAGGGAUUCCUGCCUACAUCGUGGUGCCUCGCACAGCCCCGUGCUGUAAGCAAGCCGCCAUCCGUGCCUAUGGGGCCACGCUGGUGCCAUGCGAGCCCAGUGAUGAGUCCAGAGCAGAGACAGCUGCACGGGUGGUCCAGGAGACAGGAGGAAUCAUGGUGCACCCCAACCAGGAGCCAGCCGUGAUCGCAGGGCAGGGCACUAUUGCCCUGGAGGUGCUGGAGCAGGUGCCCGAGGUAAAUGCAUUGGUUGUUCCCGUUGGAGGCGGAGGAAUGAUUGCAGGAAUAGCUGUGGCCGUCAAGGCACUGAGACCAGAUGUGAAAGUGUUUGCUGCUGAACCCCGCAAUGCAGAUGACUGCUACCAGUCCAAGCUGAGAGGGGAACUGACCCCCAACCGACACACCCCCGACACCAUUGCUGAUGCAGUUAAAACCAGCAUCGGAGAAAACACGUGGCCCAUCAUUAGGGAUUUGGUCGACGAUGUUCUGACCGUCUCAGAGGAAGAAAUCAAGCGAGCCACACGGCUGGUGUGGGAAAGGAUGAAGCUGCUGAUUGAGCCAACAGCGGGUGUGGGAGUUGCAGCCGUGCUCUCAGAGCAGUUCCAGGCAGUCCCCCGGGAGGUGGAGAAUGUUUGCAUCGUGCUGUGUGGAGGAAACGUGGACCUGAGCUCCCUGACCUGGCUCACAGACCUCCCUGGGGAUGGAGACUGAGAACAGAGCGGCAUAUCAAGUGGCGGGAACCUGGCUUUGAAUUUGUACAGUUGGGUCUGUAUGCUACAAAAACCAGAUGAACAACC